AUGGCGUCUGCUCAAGCACAGCCGCGAGCGCAGUCAAGAGAUCUGAUUAGCUAUCUGAAAACGUUACCAGUCGUCAUGCUAGAUCGUUUGUUUAGCCAUCCGCCUACGUGCGUUGUUGUAUUUCGUGGCCUACCUCAUCUCGCUCGUUUGUACGUCAUGCGACUACUCUUUGCCGACCAGCCUGUACCUACCAGCCUGGUGACUGCAUGGGCUACAGCAGAAGCACAGAGUAAACAUCAGGAAUCAGUUGAGAGGUUAUGUGAACUACACGUAUGGAAUGAGCAGACAAUGCCUGGUGGCCGCAUCAGUAUUGCAUUGCAUCCCGUGUUUCGGACCAGUUUGCAGAUGGCACUGUGUGGUAGUGAAGUGCCGGGGAGUUUUAUGGGAGCUGUACCUGCAACGGGUUUGGACAAACAUGCUAAAGACGUUGAAUUUCUUGACAAAUAUGCUCAUGAACGCUGGGAGUCCGUGUUACAUUACAUGGUUGGUUCACCACAAGCUGCUUCUAGUGUCAGUCGUGAUGUUGUUGUUUUACUUGUCCAAUCGGGUCUUAUUUCACUCUCUGAGAAACAGACAGUGCCAGUCAUUACCCCAGCUGGCUUUCAGUUUUUGCUCAUGGACACAUCGUCACAGAUAUGGCACUUUAUUCUUCAAUAUCUUGACACAACUGAAGCUCGAUCGAUGGAUCUAGCUGAGUGUCUUCAGUUACUGUUCCAGCUUAGUUUCUGUACUCUUGGUAAAGACUACUCGUCAGAAGGUUUGACCGACACACAGCUUCAGUUCAUGCAACAUCUUCGAGAGCUUGCUUUUCAACGUAUCCCAGCUGCUAAACAAAGUGCUUUCCUAUACGAGUGGAUUGACGGCGUGACUAGAAACAUCAGCAAGUGCUCGAAACCGGACCUAAAAGCCAAUCAAAAGCUUUUGGUAGGACAGAUAUUGAAGAAAGUAAAGCAGUCUCCCGAAGCAGCUAUUCGCCAGUCUCUGGCUUGUUGUUUGUGUGCUGUCUACACAGUCGGUGAUAGCUUGGGGCUGGUCGAGACUGUCAAUAGGUUGAAUGACAUAAUUAAGAACAGAGAUGACAGCCCUUCAUAUCAAAGUACAAGGAUAGCUGCAAUAGAUGCUAUAGGUCGACUAUAUGAGUCUCUUGGACAAAUGGCUGGUUCCAGUUCAAACGAAACAAUACAGAUCCUAUCCAGAGUUGUCAAAACAAUGGAAGCUGAUUGCAAACUAGAAGCUUUGCUAGCUCUUCGGAGAGUAAUGAUUGGUCUCAGUAUUUCUGCUUCUUUUGCACACAAGGAUAUACUAAAGCUGGCUCGUAGUCAGCUGGCAGACAGGUCACAACCAGUGCGAAGUGCUGCUGCUAAGUGUUGCUUGGAGCUUGCCAAUCACAGUUUGGUGAUUUAUACGUCUGAAUUGGAUGGUGUCGUUGCCAGCUGCUUGAAAUCAUUUGAUGGAUCUAGUUAUGAUGUGCGCUCUAACAUUGCUCAACUGCUUGGCACAUUGGUGGCCAAGUCGCAACAACACAAAAAUCCAUCUUAUGUUCAGACGAAAGUUAAAGUCAAGUGGCCCAGCUUGGAUGAGGUCUUGAACUUGUUGUCGAAUGGAUUUCUUAAAGGUAGUGGAGAAUUGCUAAAGUCGGCAGUGAGUCGUGAGGUCAGAAUCGGAGUGGCUGAGGCAUAUACUGUGUUUCUUAACGAAGUGGGUGGGGUGUGGGUCGAGAAUAACCUUGCAGCGAUUCUCAAGCAUUUGCUGCUCUUGCUUGCACAACCAAAGGCCAUCUCAUCUCACAUCGAAGCUGUCUACAGUCGUAAAUGUGUUGCAUUCAUUAUUCGCUGGAUUGUCACUCGUCUUCUUGGGGAAUCAAGUCAACUACAAGCAGCUAAGAUAAUCACUGAGCUUAUGGGUCAAGUGGUGAAGAUGUCGGUUGGAGGAGGAAGCGGGCAAGAGAGUGGACAGCAAGAGUAUCCACAAGCAAUGCAGCAUGUUCUGUCUUGUGCUUUUCUUGAGCUCGGGUUUAUUCUUCGACAGCUUGGCACGGCUGCUUUGAACCUUGUUGCUGACAAUAAACAGAUUGUCGAAGCAGUCUUGUCUGGUUUGUCAUAUCCGAGUGACGCUGUGCGUCUUGGUGCUGCGUGGUGUAUGAGGUCGAUAGCGCUUGCAUUGCCAUCACAAUUGGCUCCUCUUUUGCAAACGUUUGUGAAUAGGCUGAAUGAGGACAUACAGUUAUCGGAUGUCAUUUUAGGAUACUCGUAUGGUGGUGCUGCAUUACUGGGAGCUGUAAGAGAUUGCCCACUGGGUAUUCCAUUUGCAAAAGGAAAGGAGGUAUUCCAUCUUGCUGAAAAUCUACUGAGAAGUGCUUCUCAGAACAGCCGAUUGUCACUAGCAAAGACAAAAGCAGGCUGGACUCUCCUGGGCGCAGUCAUCACUUUAGGCUCGUCUGUUGUAAAGCAUCAUCUGCCUCGUCUUCUUCUUCUUUGGAGAAAUGCUUUCCCACGUUCACCAAAGGAACUGGAAGCAGAGAAGGCACAAGGUGAUGGUUUCUCGUGGCAAGUCACUCUCGAAGGACGUGCCGGAGCUCUGAAUGCGUUGAGAUGCUUUGUGAUAUGCUGUAGGGAUCUGAUGACAGAGAAUGUCACUCGGCGAUUGCUAGCUCCUGCUGAAGGGGCUCUGGCUAUGCUUCCAAGCUUGCCCGGUCUUGCAAAGACUUUUGGUGCAAAUAUCAAAGGGUCAGCCGCUUUGGUUAGACUUCGUCUGAAUCAAACUCUCGUGCAGUUUCCUCCGAAGGUCUUUGAAGGUAGCUUCAGUUCUCUGCUUCGAGAGCUGGUUGCAGAGUUUACAUUGGCUGAGAGCUCUACAAACACAAGCACCAGCUUACUUCGAUCCAUGUGUCAUCAAGGAGACACGAUUCUUCUUGGAUCAUGGCUUGAAGAAACUGACCACAAGCUUAUAGAAGAUCAGUUGCAACCUAAUAGUGCAGCUGGUUCUGGGGCAUUGGAACAUGAUGCAACUUGUGUGUAUCUCGAACCUGAAGAGAGUGAUAUUCUCGGUCCAUUGCCGCUUGGUGUUACCGUCAUCGACAGUUCUGUGGCUCUCUUUGGUCGUGUCUUUCCUCACGUUGCUGUUAAACAUCGCCAGCAGUUGGUGUCGCAUUUUAGCGAUUGUAUAAGACAGUCGAGGUCGUCACGUCAGCAAGCAGUGCAACUCAAUAUUUUUACCGGCUUUCUGGCGGCAUUAAAGGGAUUGGUUGAAAACAAGAGCACACUCGGGUCAGAUGACAUAAUAGAAACAGCAAGCAAUCUGAUAUUGAGUGCUUUGGCUAGUUCUGAUCUUAUUCUUCGAUGUGCUGCUGGAGAGGCUCUUGGACGUUUAGCACAGGUUGUUGGUAACAGCAAAUUCGUUGCUUCUACUGUCCAAGAAUGUUUUGAUAAACUGAAGACGGCACGCGAUGCUGUGUCUCGUACUGGACACUCUUUAGUUCUUGGCUGUCUACAUCGCUACGUGGGAGGACUCGGUUCUGGACAGCACAUCACUGCAUCUGUUAGCAUAUUGCAUGCUUUGGCUCAAGACGUCUCAUCUCCUGUUGUGCAGGUUUGGGCAUUGCAUGCUCUUGCGCUUAUCACUGAUGCUGGUGGGCCAAUGUUUCGUGGCUACGUUGAGCCAACUCUCAGUCUUAUCCUCUCACUUCUUCUCUCUGUCUCCACAUCAAAUGUAGAAGUGUUUCAAUGUCUUGGACAAUGCUUGGCUGCACUCAUCACAAGUGUCGGUCCUGAGCUCCAAGGCUCGGCGAUGAGAAAUCAGUUUGUUGUCGGCUGCGCUGUUCUCAAUGCUCAUCCUGAUGCUGUUGUUAGGGCGUCUGCUAUUGCCUGUCUUCAGCAACUCCAACUUUUUGCUCCACAAUCGUGUGACAUUUCAGACAACACACCAUCACUCUGCCUAUCGCUCAAUAGCAAUCACCUGCUGCUGCGUCGUGCAGCAGCAGCAUUCCUCAAACAGCUUUCACAUCGACAAGUUGACCAGGUGAUUCACCACGCAAACGAAGCCGUUGCAAAAGGUUUGUUAUCGAAGUCAUUAGGAGAGACACUCUUUGAUUUGUUGGAUGUCGAAACGGAUGCAAGGCUGACAGCCGACGUGAAGGACAUCUUGUUGAGCAUGUUCACUAGCCUCUCUAGCAAGAAUCCUCGUCAUUGGCUAGGUCUGUGCCACAAAGUGCUCGGAUCGACAUCAACAGGCCAGAGGACAGACAGCGGAGGAGCCAGUCAAAAGGCAGAUGAAGAAGAGGAGGGUGAAGAUGCCUCUAGAUUUACUGCACCGACGGUAGAGAAUGUUGGUCAGACCAACGUUGGCUCGAGAUGGUCAACCAAAGUAUUUGCUGUCGAAUGCAUCAGAAAGAUGCUCUCUGUCUGCAGCCGUGACAAGGCACAUGUAGACCUGGCCUUGGCACGACAGACUGGUGCUGAUUAUCUCGUCUGUCACUUGGCCGAGUUGGUUCGAACAUCGUUUAUCGCUGCCACCGGAAACGUGAAUUCAUUACGUCUGGUGGGUCUCAAUACCAUUGAGGAAGUUAUCAAGCUGUUUGCAGCAACUCCUGAUCCCGACUUUGAAGGGCACGCUGUUUUUGAACAAUACCAAGCUCAGGUUGGUGCUGCUCUUCGACCUGCGUUUGCAUAUGACACACCACCCAACAUCAAAGCUAAAGCAUGCCAGGUGUGUAGCACGUGGUUGAGUUGUGGAGUGUGUAGAGAUAUUGGAGAUCUACGUCGCAUACAGCAGUUAUUGAUGACGUCGCUGCAAAAGCUUCGUACUGCACAGAAUCCUUCAGAACAAGCAAAAUCGGUCUAUAAUGAAAGUACGGUUACCAUGGAAAAGCUAGCAGUCUUGAAGGCGUGGGCCGAGAUCUACAUUCAGGCAAAGUCUGAAAUAGAGAAACAAAGGGCCACAAAGCGUCGCUCUCCAUCAGUCGAUGAUGCGGUUGCUGUUGACGAAAGCAGCCAACUGAUUGAAAUUGUCAAACCCGAAAUGAAAGAUCUGAGUAAGCUCUGGUUGUCAGCACUAAGGGAUCAUGCAUUGCUCGGCCUUCCUUCCCAGUUUGGUCCUCAACUACCCCCCGACGGAGGAGCAUUUUACAGCCCAGAUACCAUGGAAAGUGCCAGAAGUCAUUACCGAUCAUCAUGGCCGGCAUUUCUCCAAGCUGCUGCAUUCUGGUUGUCCGAUGAAGGUUUCGACAGUGAAGUGACCACAACGCACUUGGACAAGAAGCAACGAAAUACAGGAUGGUUCCAUCUCCUCCUUGGUCUCUGUGUCGAGGCUUUGGUCAGUCCAAUACCCGAAGACGGAGCUAACCCCGUAAUUGCAUCUCUGCAGUCAAUGGCAGAGCUACUUGCCGCACAGUGGCCUCGUCAGUGUCUUGGUGGCAACCACAGUCUAGCCAUUGAAGUGCUAGCCGUCAUGCACCGAGUUGUACUGACAUACCACAAGCCAGAGCAUCAAGCUUUGGCAGCUAGAAUUGUGAACCAAGUUGUUAGCUCGGCUGUUGAGUCUCUAACUGAUCAAGCUGACACAAAUGAUUAUCCAAAGCCAACAUUAGCGUCAGUUGAUGACCUCGCUGUUGGCAAGUCAGUCGUCUUUGCAGCUCUGCAGGUGGCCAUCUGUCUCCUCUUUCAGCGAUUUCCUUCACUUCGUCUAAUUGGAUUGCAACAGUCACUUCAAGUACAAAAAGUCCAUCCAGUACAGAGUGUGCAUACCCCAGACACAUCAAUAGCAUUAGUCAUUGAGACGCUUCACCAAGUUUUAAGCCUAUGUGAUGUGCCGGCGGCCAUCAACAUAUUGCCAUCGAUCCUGAUGCUGAUUGUUAGAGUUCUGGAAGAGCACAUCGGAUCAUCGAGUGUCAUCGUGUCCGCGUGUAUUCAGGCUUUGCAGGUCAUCAUGAGUAAAGAACUGCCUGCUGAUAAACAAGCCAGCGACUCGUGGGUGGAACUGUUGUGCUCUGCAUAUGUGACAUUAUUGGAGAUGACAAAAACGCAGUUGCAAAUGGUCGACCAAUGUAGUGCAGUGUGGUAUAGCAACGUGCUUGUCCUGCUGGGGUCGAUCCUGCUCUCUGCUCCCGACGUUGUCACAGCUGUGAAGGAAUUACAGGAGAAAUGUUGUGAUGUGUUUCAGCGAGGCAUCGAGAAUAGAGACAUACAGGUUCGUCUUAGAGUUGUUCAGACUUUGUCAACUGUGAUUACCAAGAAGCACAAUUCUGCGGCUGUACCCUUCAUUCAUUCACUCGGACCCAAAGUUAUUCAACUUGUUCAAGCCGCAUCAGGCAAACAGAUCAACUCGGAAGAAGAGUUGCGAUUUAUUAAGGAAUGUGUGGGCGUUGUAGAAACCUUGGUAUCCGUAUGCGAAGAUGCGAAUCGUGUGAAACUUCUCGCAUUAUUUAUUCCUCUAGUCAUUGAUUUAUUACGAGAAACGGAGGGAACGCGUACAAACAAACACAACAAACAGCUACAAGACUUUACACUUGACAAAUUGAAGAAGAUUGGUCCGAUGUACCCACAGGAAUUCAAAGUUAUUAUUGGUGCAAGUCCUGACUUAAAGCAGCGACUCGAGGCGGCACUUCGAGCCAGCCAGGUAGCUGCUAAGGAAGCCACCUCGUCUGCAAGGGUUCAGACACAAGGUGGGCAACCGGCGGCACCAACUAUCAAAUUGAAGACUACGUUUGGUAAAUUUUGAGUGUUGCAGUUACAUGACGUGAUGCAGUUGGUAGAAGUGUCUGUUGGUUGCUCUGUGUUUUGAUAUGAAAAGGGAAUUAUUUAUGUUGUCAGCUGUUUGUUGUAAAUACACAGUUGGUUGUGGUACUGAUGGAUAGAGCAAUUGUGGUGGAUAUUUGUAUACUUCGCUCUAUAACUGUGCAAGCCAGUUUGUAAUUGUGAUUGAGAAAUUCAUCUUGGGAUACUAUUCACUGACA